AUGUAACAAUUAUUGAAACCUUCACUCAAUUUUAAUUUCAACGAUGUUCUAUUUGAAGAUAAGCUUCCAUUAAAUUAAUAAACAACUACUAAUUAAAAGAAUACUUUAAUUAAUCAGCUUAUUGAAAAAGAUGAUAAAAAUAAAAAUUGUAAAACCAUUCUCAGGCCAUAAAGUUCUUCUGGAUUGAAAUCAGCUUCAAAUUAAAGGGAUUAAAAUCUAUAACAUAAGGGAGUUAAUAAUAAAUAAAAUACCUAUCAACAAAUCUAAUAAUAGUUAAAUUCUUCUAAAUAAGUUAAAUUUGAUAAGAAUUAACAAUUUGAAAUAACCCCUAAAAUUCAAUCUAAUUGUUAUUUUCCUCAGUAAAACACUAAUCAAACAAAUAUGACAAAUCCUGCUCAAUAAUUAGCAAAUUAAUAAUAAGUCGAUAUUAAAUACAAAUAAUAGUAUUAGAAAUAAAAAUAAGAAAUCAUUUAAAAUGCUGGCAUUUUUGACUGGGAUGAUGAUGAUUUAGAUAAUUAAUUUAUUAUUUCAGAUAAUCCUAAAUUAAAAGGGCCAAAUAAAAAAUGUGAAACUAUUGAAAAAUAAAAUUUAGAAUAGUAUUUAUAAAAGUUACAAAAGUCUGAUGUUAUUGAAUCAUCUAUUAAAUAAAAUCAAGAAUUAUUAAAGCAAUAGUAGAAAGAUAUAAAAUAAAAACUUGAUAAUAUAGAAUAAUUAAGGAUGAAUGAUAUUCUUUAAAAAAACUUAGUGAUUUCACAAGUACCACACUUAGAAGAUGAAGAAGAUUAUGAUGAUUUUAAACAAGAUGUAUAAAUUCAAAAAAGUGCUUAGAAAAAUAUUGAAAAAUAAAUUAAUGAAGAAUAAGAAUAUGAUUAGGAAAAGUUUGAGAUUGAUGAAGAGAAUUAAGAAUAAGAUAAUAAAAUGAAAUUGGCAAUGAAAAAUAAAAAAGAGUUGGAAGAUAAAAAUAAAUAAUCUUAGAUUAAACUUGAAUAAGUUUAAGAAAAUAGUAAAAAAGUUAAUUCAAAUGAAAGUUUGACAAAAACAUAAAAAAAAAAAAAAAAAGUAGUAUAUAGAGCUAAAAAUGCAAAAGAAAGAAAAUAAGAAUUAAAUAAUAUGAGAUCUGAAUUAGAGAAGUAUUUAUUAUAGAAUAACCCAAAAAUAUCUCAGAUGUUUCAAGAAUUACAAGCAACUUAAGAAAAGGAAAGAAUUAUGGUGGAAGUUAAUACUAAGAGAUAAGAAGAAUUGUCUUAAGCAAGAUUGACAUUAAAGUAAUUGUAAGAAAAAUACGCAAAAUAAUAAUAAAUUAUUGGAGUAAUUAUAUAAUGAUAAUAAAAGGAAUUAGACAAGAAAGAACAUUAUGCAAAUUAAAUUAUUCAAAAGUUAACAGAGAACAAAUAAAAGUAUAAUCAAUAAUGGGAGAGCUAAAUGGAGAAAUAUAUGGCAUGUAAAGUUAUAGCUAGAUUUUUGAAAGGAAGAAAAGAUAGAAAAUUAUUCACAGAAUUUAGAAGAUAAAGCUUCAUUAAUAGGUUAAAAUAAUGA